AUGUACCGUUCGAUCAUUCUCGCUGUGGCGGUCCUUUUGGGGGGUGCCCUGGCUCUCGAAGAGCAUGGAUUUAUCAGUGAGGUUAAACAUAUCCCGUACAAGUACAUUGGUGGCGGUGGAGGCGAAGGAGGUGGUAUUGGAGGAGGAUUCGGUGGAGGAUACGGUGGAGGACUCGGAGGAGGCUUCUCCCAGGGAGGCUUUGAAGGUGGUAUCGGCGGCGGCGGCGGCGGCGGCGGCGGUGGCUUCGAAGGUAAAGAGGAUUAUUACUCCUACCCAAAAUACAAGUAUGAAUAUGGAGUGAAAGAUUACAAAACCGGUGACCACAAGAGCCAGUGGGAAAUGCGAGACGGAGAUGUCGUGAAGGGCGAGUACACGCUGGAUGAAGCGGACGGCUCAAAACGCAUCGUAGAAUACUAUGCCGAUGGCAAGAAUGGCUUCGAAGCUAAAGUGAAAAAUAUUGGACAUGGAGGUGGCGAUUUGGGCGGCGGUAUGGGCGGAGGCAUGGGAGGUGGUUUCGGUGGAGGCUACCACGGAUAUGGAUACAGCUACAGCAAGCUGAAGAAAUUCAACUGA